UUCAAUCUUCAGUGGCUAGCGAACUCAGAGGGGGGAUCCGCAGUCGCCCGGACAUGGCGGACGGCGGCGUCUGGCGGCCGCCGCGCCCCUGCGAGGCCUACCGAGCCGAGUGGAAGCUCUGCCGCAGCGCCAGACACUUCCUGUACCACUACUACGUCCACGGCGAACGGCCGGCCUGCGAGCAGUGGCGGCGCGACCUGGCCAGCUGCCGGGAGUGGGAGGAGCGCCGAAGCGCGGAGGCCCAGCGGUCCCUCUGUGAGAGCGAGCGUGCAAGAGUCCAGGCUACACGGAAGCACGCCCUGGUGUGGGCCCUAAGGCAGAGCCCUCCUGCAGACUGGCACCUCCCUCUGCCACAGGACGAGAAAGACCAGUGAUGAGCACUCCUGAACGGCUUCCUCUGAUCUGUUUCAAAUGGGGCUGUGGCAAAGCCCUGAGGACGGUGACGGGCCCAAACAGUCUAGUGGGUCCCUGAAGCUUCCACUUGGCUUAGAACACAGAGCCUGAGGUCUCCGGCCCUACUUGCCCAUGGCAACCCUGCUGCUGCCUUGCUCUGACAGUUUCACCCACUGCACAGCUUCCAGGAUGCCAAACACCAUUGCAGAUCCUGGUGAGCAGCCAGGUUAGGCUGGUUCAUGCUCCCUGCUGGGGACAACAGCAUUCUCAGGUAAACUCUUGAGUGGUAGCCCUGAUCCAAGUGGACACAUAGGGCGGUCAGAAUGAGGUAACUAAAUGGUUGUGCUGUGGUGAACACCUGUCCUGGUCCUGGUUUGGUGACACUGCAUUGCCAGCCCCUGGUGCUUACAUGGAGCUAUUAGCCCACUCACUAAGUUCCUUUGUGGACACAGACAGGGUGUUGCUCCUCGUAGGAGACAGGCCCUCUUGAAGACUCUGGCUUUUAAGAAACGCACACAGCUAGACCUUUGGCUUAAGAAACCCAAGCCCAAGACACGGGGAAUUUUAGUCUCUUUCCUUUAAAAUUUCCCUUGGUCAGUUUUAGAAAGUGUAGAUAAUAUCAAAUGCCAUUUCACACGUUUGAUUUCAAAUAGAAGCUGAACAUUAAAUCCACAAUUUAAUAGUUGAGAUUGUUAGAUUUAGCCCUUGACAUUAUUGUGCUCGGACAGUAUUGGAAUUUUGUAUACUUAUACUCUUGUAGAUGUUUUUAAAAUAUAUGUAUAUGAACCAACAAGAACUCUAGUUCUUGGAGAGGUCUUUUUUAUCACUAAUAAAAUGAUUUAGCAUCUCGUGGCUGCAGAGCAGGCCCCGUGGUGUGGGGCCGAGGGCGAGGCUGGCUGUGUGCCCCGAAGCCUCGCUGCUCCUUCCUGCCAUUUAGUACCUCCCUCACAACUGGGCCCCAACCUGGCCACAGGCAGUGGGUCAGACAUCUUUUAACUCAUUCUUUGGGGCAAAAUAAUCCCAUCACUUCAAAAGGGUGUACAUUAAAGAAUAGACUUUGCCCUCUCCUGUGUGCAUUUUCUCCUGUGUUGCCCCAAGAGUCCCUGUGACUGUGCGUACCUGUAAGUGUUGGGGGAUCUGCACAUAGGACCCCAAUAACCUCUCCCUGUGUAUGUACCUGUGAGUGGUAGGGGUGUGUGCACACAGGUCCCCAAUGAUCCUUCCCUGUGACUGUGUGUACCUGUCAAUGGGGGAAAGGGGGUGGGUGCACACAGGUCCCCAGUGGUCCUUCCCUCUGACUGUAUGUACCUGUCCAUGGGGGGAGAUGGGGUUGUGCACACAGAUCCGCAGUGAUCCUUCCCCGUGACUGUGUGUACCUAGGAGUGGUAAGGGGUGUGCACAUAAGUCCCCAGUAGCCUCUCCCUGUGUGUGUGUGUGUGUGUGUGUGUGUGUGUACCUGUUGAGUGGUGGGAGCGUUUGCACACAGGUCCCCAAAGGUCCUUCCCUGUGACUGCGUGUACCAGUGAGUAGUGGGGAGUGUGCACACAGGAGCCCAGGAGCAGAGGUGAGUAUAAAGAAGAACCUAUCCCAGGGUGGGUGCCUUGAUAUUUAAGUCGGCCAGGGUAUCUGCCUUGUGUCUGUGGCUACUUUCUGGAGCAUUUCCGGCCAAGGAGAGAGGGAAGGCUGCUGGGAAUCUACAGGCAUUUUCUUCACUCUGAAACACAGGAAGGGACAUUUGAAUUUUGCAAUCUGCAUAUGAUCCCUUGGGGUUCCCGGGCUGGGGCCGCAGUAGCAGCCAGUACAGCAGUCCUGAGGGGCUCACCUCAAGGGACCCACAUUCUCUGUGUGCUUGUUUAGGGCUGGAGGCUGCCCGCCACUGAAUGCUCUGUUAGGAAGCCUUAUUCCUUCUCUCCUGCUCAAUGAGUUCCACACUGACAGAUAAUCAUUGCUGCACACAAUGUUCCUACAUCUGCUCCUGUGUUCACCCGUCACAACAUCUGACGGCACCGCUACAUGCCAGGUGGGGGUUGGCUCUGGGACUGCAGUCUUGAAAUGGGCAAGUUGCCUUCAAAGAGUUCCAGUUGAGUUUAGGGGACAGACAUAAACGUUUAAACUUCAUUAAGUCUAAAAUAAUGGUAAGUGCUGUGAAGAAAAUGGGCAGUGAGAAGAUAGAGAAGUAGCUCUCAAAUUUUUUGCACAAAACCCGUAACAAGUUUUAUGAUCUGGUAUAUACUUUAUAUACUGCAUAUAUGGUUGAAACAAGCCUCACAAAAGUCCUUAUCUGUAUAGUGUGUGAUACACUGACAUUUGCAGUUCUGUGCGACUGAAAAUAAACUGUAUGUGCACAAACUUGGGUGAAACUCAAAAUAUGCCAAGUUAAAAAAUCUUAAAUGGGUGCAUAUAACAUAGUUCCAUUUAUGUAACAUUGGUGAGAUGAUGUAAUAAGAGAUGGAGAAUGGCUAAUUGUGCCAAGGGUAGGGAUGGAAGGAGGGUGUGGAUGUGGCUAGGGUACAUAAGGGUAUCCUGUGGUACUGGAACCUUGACGUCUACAGAGCUGCAUGUGUGAUGAAAUUGUGUAGUGUUAGACAUAUGCACAGAUGAGUGCAGACAUAGUGGGAAACCUGAAUGCAUUCUGGGCUGUGCCUAUGUCAGUCUCUAGUCUCUUUCACACUGACUUUAUGCAGUGUGUAAGAUGUUAAUACUUGGGGAGGCUGGGAGAACCAUACACAGACCCUCCUUGCAUCUUUAUUUCCAACCUCCUGUAAAUCUGUAACUACUUCAAAAUAAAAAGUUAAAACUGCU